AUGUUGCGUACAACCCUAUGCAUUUUGGUGGUUUUAGUCGGCCUUGCCGAGGCCCGCGCCGAUCGGCAAGAACCUGGCACUGUCUUGGUACUAGGCGACAGCCUCAGCGCGGCCUAUAACAUCUCAUUGGAUGAGGGCUGGGUCGCCCUGAUGCAAGCUCGUGCGAACCAGCAUAGCUGCAAUGUGACGGUGGUCAAUGCUUCGAUCAGUGGCGAAACAACGGCUGGGGGGCUGGUCCGCUUGCCGCGCUUGCUGGAGCAAAACCGGCCAGCGUUAGUUGUCAUCGAACUAGGCGGCAAUGAUGCGCUGCGAGGGCUGUCUUUGAAAUCGUUUAGGGCUAAUCUAGCCGAGAUCAUCCGUCUCUCGCGGGCGGCCGGGGCUAGCGUUGUGCUGAGUGAGAUGCGUAUUCCAAGCAACUAUGGCAAACGCUACAGUGAAAAAUUUCGAGCCAUCUAUCAUGAGCUUGCGGAACGUGAUGACGUUCAUCUGCUGCCGUUUCUCUUGCACAAUGUCGCUUUGGUGGAUGGCCUGAUGCAAGCCGAUGGCAUUCACCCUGCGGCGGUCGCUCAACCGUUGAUUCUUGACAAUGUCUGGACGGUUGUCGAGCCGCUGCUGACGUGCUGUGCUACUGGAGUACAGUGA